AUGGGUCUUUUUUCCGGCCGGGUUGAAGCACGUGCGGAAUCGGUGGACGAUUCUCAAAGUGAGAGCGUUCGAAGCCAGAGCAUCCUGGGGGAAUCCAAGAGUGAAGCGGGCUGGAAGGACCCCGGUCCUCCCCCGGAUGGCGGUGUCCUCGCGUGGACUCAGGUCCUCGUAGGGCAUCUGAUCAUCAUGAAUACAUGGGGAAACAUCAACUCGUUUGGUAUCUAUGAGACGUACUAUGUCGAGUUCCUCAACCGCUCUCACGCAGACAUCGCAUGGAUCGGAAGCGUGCAGGUCUUUUUGGUCUUCUUCAUUGGCACAUUCUCGGGCCGUCUGACGGAUGCGGGAUACUUCCGUCCGGUGUUUGUUUUCGGCACCGUAUUGACCCUCCUCGGCCUCUUCAUGGCCUCUCUGUCCACGCAAUACUGGCAGCUAUUCCUGUCCCAAGGAAUAUGCGUCGGUCUUGGGGCUGGCUGUCUGUUCUGCCCAGCGCUGGCGAUCGUGUCGACAUACUUCUCCAAGAGGAAGAUGUUGGCCAUCGGAAUUUGUGCGUGCGGCAGCGCCACCGGAGGCUUGGUCUACCCGGCCAUGUUCCAGCAGCUCAUCCCGACCCUUGGCUACGGGUGGACCAUGAGGGCCUUGGCUUUUGCUACAAUGGUCUGCCUGGUAGUCUCCAAUCUCCUGGCGAGACCGAGACUGCCACCCUACAGCACGGGGCCCAUCGUGGAACUCGCCGCCUUCAAGGAGCUUUCGUACACAUUGUUUGCGAUUGGCAUCUUCCUGGUCUUCUGGGGCGUCUACUUUGCCUUUUACUACCUCAGCUCGUUCGGCGUCGACAUCAUCGGCAUUCCCCAAAACGAGUCGUUCAACCUGUUCCUGGUUCUCAACGGCGUCGGCAUCAUAGGCCGCACACUCCCCGCAUACUUGGCCGACCGCUACACGGGACCCAUGAACAUCCUCCUGAUGGUCACAGUCGCCUCGAUCAUCUGUGCCUGGGCGAUGAUUGGCGUCACGUCCCGGGAAGGGCUCUACGCCUGGACAGUGGUCUACGGCAUUGUUGGAAACGGUCUCCAAGCGAUGUUCCCGGCCACACUGAGCAGCUUGACAACGGACUUGAAGAAAGCGGGAGUCAGGAUGGGGAUGAUCUUCACAAUCGUGAGUUUCUCUGUGCUGACGGGGCCACCAAUUGCUGGUCUCUUGAUCACAAGAGACAACGGCCGCUACAUGUACGCGCAAGUCUUCGCGGCGGCGUCCAUGGUCGUUGGUUUCUUAUUCCUCUGCGGUUCUAGGCUCGCGGUGACAGGCAAGGUUUUGCUCUACAAAAUCUAG